UGACUAUAUUAGAGAAUGGACCGAUAAGAUAAGAUACUAGAACUAGAUAGGCAGUUUGACGAGUAAACACUACACAGUGAACACUGACGACACAAUCGACUCAUGACCAUUUAUGGGAAGCUCGAUGCUCAAAGCUGUCAACAUAGACUCCAACAAGUUAAACUUCGUCGUUGUUGUUUGUCGUUUCGGUUUUGAGUUGUGAACGAUAUCGUUUGAACGGGUGAGAUGGCGUUGACCGGCUGCUAUGCGUUCAUGAAACACGUAGUUACCCUCCUAAAUAUCUUGUAUUUGUCUUGUGGCCUAUUGUUAAUGCUACUUGCAGUAUGGAUGUGGGUAGAUCCAACAUUUUCCUUGAGUAUGGUACAAGAUGAAGCCAGUUACUAUACAGGUGUAUAUCUUAUUCUAUUCGUUGGGACAUUACUACUAAUCGUUGGAUUUCUUGGUUGUGCGGCUGCUAUAAGUGAAUCUCAAUGUUCACUCGUUCUUUAUUUCUGUUUAUUACUUGCUGUUCUCGUGGCUCAAAUAUCGGCUGCUGUAUGGAUGUAUGCAAAUAAUGAUAAGUUAGUAGAAUUAGUUCGAUAUACUGUUAAAACAACUGUUCAAUCAGAGUAUGGCUCAAUUGAAGGCCGCACAGAAACAUUUGAUGCUAUCCAGAGUGGUUUUGAAUGUUGUGGUGCAUCAGGCCCGUCUGAUUGGGCUGGGAGCAAGUAUAAUAACCCACAGACUGAAAGUCUAGAGCUUGCAAUAAGUUCUCCAGAACAAUCAUACAAAAUUCCUGCUUCUUGUUGUAAAGGUGAUUCUAAACAAUGUUCAGAUGCUCAAACAGCUGUAGCUUCGGGACCAAUUUCUGAAUUAAUUUAUUCUGAGGGAUGCACUGAGAAAUUAUUGUAUACUUCACGGAAGAGUAUGAUCAUAUUCCUUGUAUUACUGGUAGCAAUUGGUUCAGUUGAAUUUUUUGGUUUAGUUUUGGCAUUAAUAUUAUGUUGUGCUAUAAGAGCAGUAAAUACAUACAAAAAUUAAAAUCUGAAGUCAGUUGAUUUAACUUAAACAAAACACCUAUAAAUGUAUUCUAAAAAUAUAAUUUAAUACUAAUUAUAAAUGAUUGUCAAUUUGAUUAAUUUGUCUAUCGUUAUUGAUUAAUGAUUCAGUGACUAACAUUUAAAUUAAAAUAAGUAAAUUGUUUUAUCUUAUUCAGAAAAUGUUCUGCCAACUUCUUAUGUGUAUAUCCUUAUAUCACUGUAUGUGUGCGCUGCAUCUUUAAGUGUUCAAAUUAAAUUGGGAUAUUCCUUUUUUAAAAUAUUAUAUUAACUAUUUUUUUUUUACAUCACAAAAAAAACUAACAAUUUGUAAUGAUAAGAAAAAAUAUAGAUAGAUAUACAAAUAUUUAUUUAAUAUAUCCAUUUUUUAAAUAUUUAUUUUAAAACUAAUUGGUUGAUUUAAUUCAGUAUUAAUUACUCUUAGAUCCACUAAUUCAUUUAUUAUUUAAUUUUGGUUUAUUAAAAAUAAUCUUGUCAAAUUUUUAUUUUAUAUAUAUAUAUAUAUAUAUAUUAUGUGUGUGUGUGUCAUAAUAUUAUUUAAUAUGCUUAAAUAAUAACCCAUGACUGUUAUUAUAUAGAAUUUUUUACUUAUGUGUUCUUGUGUUUUUUUUUUUUAUUAUUAUUUAUUGUUAUUAUUUUUUUUUUAUAGAAAUUAGAUAUAUUAAUUUUACUUUUAAUACAUAAGACAUAACAAACUAUUUAUAAAUUAUAGUCAAAUUGUUCUAUAAUUUAUUUUGUGUGCUUCAAAAUAUAUAACACCAACAUAAAUUGUAAAACAAUUACAAAAUGCCAUCAUAGAUUUUAAGAAGUCACUUUAGUCAUGUAAUUUUAAAAUUGAUCUAUUUUUGAUAAUUUGAGCUAAUAUUAGUUCCUAGUCUUAAUGGUUAUUCUCUUAAUAUUCCCCAUGUCAAACUUAUUGAUCUGUUAAUAAUAGUAGUUGUAGUUUAAGUUGAAUAUGAUAUAUAUAACAAAAAUAUUUAACUAUUUAAAUUUACUUGCUUUAUAUACUGAAAAUUAUUAUUUUAUUAAAACAAUUAACUAUAUAUUUAGUAUAACAACUGGUAAACAUUGUUAAUUUUUCUAAUAAACUUAAAACUUAAACCUAAUAUUAUGUUGUCUGUUAAAUUAAAUUGAACCAAAAUUUACUUUGCUCCAUUUUAUUCUUUUAUGCUACUUACAUUGUAGAAUUAACCUAAAUUAAGGUAUAUCUUAUGAAAUAUGAUGUAUGUUUUUUAUUUUAUUGAUUAUGGAUCAAUAAUAUGGUAUUUUGAAAAAAAAGAAAUAAAAACAACGCAUUUCAUUAAU